AUGGAGCGGGGCAGCCGGGUGCCCGGCGCUCGGCUCCCGGAGGCUUUGCUGACCCUUCCUCCUCCUCCUCCUCCGCCGGGUGUUGCAGAGGCCACCGCUCCCGCCGAGCUGCUGGAGGCCGGGCAGGAGCAGCGGGCGCCGGCCCCGCAGGCGCAGGUGAAGUUCAGCGUCCGCUCGGGGCCCCGCGGCGCGGAGCUGGGCUGUCCCCUCGCCCUCGGGCACCGGCAGGGGCUGCGCGACUGCGGCUUCAACCUGACAGCCAAGACCUUCUUCAUCAUCCACGGCUGGACAAUGAGCGGCAUGUUCGAGACCUGGCUGGGCAGCCUGGUGUCUGCUCUUCAGGAGAGGGAGAAGGAUGCCAACGUGGUGGUGGUGGACUGGCUCCCCCUUGCCCACCAGCUCUACACCGACGCCGUGAACAACACGCGGAUGGUUGGGAAGAGCAUCGGGAGGCUGCUGGACUGGUUGCAGGAGAACCCAAACUUCAAGCUUGAGAAUGUCCACCUGAUUGGGUACAGCCUUGGUGCCCACGUUGCUGGCUUUGCUGGUAACCACGUCCGUGGGACAAUAGGCAGAAUUACAGGCUUGGAUCCAGCUGGCCCCAUGUUUGAAGGAGUGGACCCCAGCAGGCGCCUGUCCCCCGAUGAUGCCAGCUUUGUGGAUGUCCUUCACACCUACACAAGGGAAACCCUUGGUGUUAGCAUUGGGAUCCAGAUGCCUGUAGGCCACCUUGACAUCUACCCCAACGGGGGAGACUUCCAGCCUGGCUGUGGCCUAAGUGAUGUCUUGGGAGCAAUUGCCUACGGGACCAUUGGUGAAGUUGUGAAGUGUGAACACGAGCGCUCCGUGCACCUCUUCGUGGACUCCCUGGUGAACCAAGACAAGCAGAGCUUUGCCUUCCAGUGCACGGACUCCAGUCGCUUCAAGAAGGGCAUCUGCCUGAGCUGCCGGAAGAACCGCUGCAACGGCAUCGGCUACAACGCCAGGAAAACCAGGAACAAAAGGAACAGCAAGAUGUACCUCAAGACUAGAGCUGACAUGCCCUUCAAAGUCUACCAUUAUCAGAUGAAGAUGCAUGUCUUCAGCUACAGCAGCUUGGGAGAGGCUGACCCCACUUUCUCUGUCACCCUUCAUGGCACCAGUGGAGACUCUGAACCUCUCUCUUUAGAAAUGCUUGAUCAAAUCAGCCUGAAUGCCACUAGCACCUUCCUGGUCUAUACAGAAGAGGACAUGGGUGAACUUUUAAAAAUCAAACUCACCUGGGAGGGAACAUCUCAGUCCUGGUAUGAUCUGUGGAAGGAAUUGAAGAGCUACUGGUAUCGACCUGCCAAGGCUCCCCAGGAACUCCACAUCAGACGUAUCCGUGUGAAAUCUGGGGAAACACAACAGAGGUUUGCCUUCUGUGUGGAGGAUUCCCAGCUAACCAGCAUAUCUCCUGGUAAAGAGCUCUGGUUUGUGAAGUGCCCAGAGGAGUGGCAUAAAAGACCUGUCUCUAAUUCCCUCUGAAGACUUCUCUGAGGACUCACAGCUGAGCAACCUAGAGAUGCAUGAAGACUGCACAGCUGGUGAGAUGCUCUGGCAUGAAAUCUGGCUUGGUAGCACUUAAAGCAAGUGGCUCUUCAGGACAAAACAUCUUGGAUCAGAUGCAAGAAACUGAGGAGCAAUCAUGGACUGUGGUCCUAGACUUAGAGUAACUAAGACUCCAUUCUCUCUUCCCCAAGGAGCCUGGUUUGUGCAUUUAACCCUACCUUGACCUGUCACAUGCUGCAUUUCCUGCCCUGCUCCCAUUAACCAGGACCACGGGUGAGAUCUUCACACAUCUAGACCUCAGCAAUGAUCUUCUGGGCUGCCUGCCAGUGGAGUUGAGAAGAUAACCAUGCAAACUGCCCGUCAGACUAUUGGGGAUAUAACUGCCAGGACGAAAUUAGCAUCUAGUGUAGGAGUUCCUGUGGGUCCAGUAGCACUAGGGACUGUGGGGAGAGGAGACAAGCACAGGUCAAGUGUGGGGGGUUGUUCAGGGGAGGGGUGGGAAGAAGCACAA